AUGAUUCUCAACGCUUACUUACACGCUGCUCGCAUCUGGUUCUGUUUUCAAGAAAAAUCAGCUUCAGGGGGCACAUCGGCCACCCCAUCUCGAGCUCCUGCAACUACGAGCAGCCCUCGCCGCCGCCGGCCUUCCCAGGUGGAAACGGCGGCCCGUCGAGCGAGCGCUCGGGCUGGUGCGGCGGCGUCGGGACCAGGAGCGGCUUUGGCUUCGGACUCGUCUGCUUCUUCUUCUUCCUCUUCUUCUGGUGUGUUCGAUCCUCCCAUUCUCCCACCCUUCGUGCCGGUCGCGCCGGCGACUGGAGCAUCCAAAACUGUGUCGCUGCAUGAGGCGCUAGGUAUUCCGCCUCCGGCUAAGGCCGGGGCGGGGGCGGGGGCGGGGGCGGGAGCAGGGGCUUCGUCGCGGGGCGUGCCGUACAGGCACGGGCAACACGCUCUGUACAGACUAACACCCCCUUCCGGUGGCAACAUCUCGGCAAGUGGUGGCGCUAAAGAUUCCGUAGUCGCCAGCGGGAGAUCUCUCGGUCUCGCGACCACAGCGGGUGUUGGGCUCAAGAAUCGAUCCAGUGCUGACGCUGCUUCGAGUUCCAGCCCCCAAGGGUUUGAUGUUGCAAGUUCUUGCUCAGGGUUUGGCGAGACAUCUUCUUCCCAGCGUACAUCUAUUCAGCCAGUGACCGAGAUAGGGGUCAAUGUAGCCGACGGCAGCAGAGUAUGCGCACCACCACACGGAGUAGACGGAGAGCAUGGCGAUCAAGGUGCUGCCUCCGGCUCGUCGAGGGGCGACGCUGCUGCGGAGAGCGAGGGUUCUCCGCUGGCGGAAGCCCCACCCCCAGUACUCUCGAGUGCGACGACCGCGAUCUCCAAUGCUACUGUCGGGAACGGCCAAGGUAGCGGCGAUGCCGUUCCAGCACCCAGCAGUAGGCCGGUGAGGAAGCGCAGGAAGAGCGCGGAGGCCGGCGGGUGGUCGCGGUACAGCAAGGAAGACUUUGUGUCGGGGGAGGCGCUGGUGCUAGGGUCGAGCUCAGAGGGAGAGGAGGAAGAGGAUGAGGAAGAACAGGAGCCUGAGGAGGAGGAAGAGAACUACACGAUUCAGGGACAACGGGUCUCCCGCCCUGAGGGAGAAAAACGAAUGCGGUCGGCGAAUAGCGGUGCCGGUGGUGGGGACGGGGGGUGGGGUGAGGAUUCGAACGCGCUGCUGGUCGACGUUGGUGGAGACGACCCCGAAGACGACGAGGACGCCCUGGAUGACCCCGGUGUCGGGACCACCAGGAAGAGGAGAAGCGCGGUGGGGCCCGUCAAGAAGCGGAGCCCGCCGAACGCGUGGAAGAGGCGGUGCGCCGACGGCACUUGCCAGCUGGGAGCGAGCUUUGCGAUGCGUGGGGAGCCGGCGAAGUACUGCAGCGCUCACAGCGACGCCGGGAUGGUGAACGUGACUCAUCGGCUCUGCAUGGACCCACGCUGCAACCACCAGCCGAGCUACAACAUGCCAGGGAAGCAGAAGGCUAUUUACUGUCGCACGCACAAGAGGGCUGGGAUGAUCAACGUGACUUCUCCCAAAUGUGAAGCCGAAGGGUGCAUCAAGCGCCCGAGUUUCGCGUUUCUGGGAGAUCACAAGGCCUCGUUCUGCGAAACCCACAAGCUGGCGGGGAUGAUCAACGUCCGCAAGAAGCCGCGGAGCAACAACGGAGGCUCGAGCUCCCCCGUAUCCCGUCAACGGGUGAAGCAAGCGCCGGCCUACGAGUCUCUUCCAAGCGCGGUGGGUCUUGAGAUCCGGUCGUCGGCGUGGAGUAGCGCAGCAGCAGCCGCAGCCGCGAAGGCAAAAGCCGCCGCAGCCGUCACAGCCGCGGGGGGAAGCGCGCGCAGUUUCGACUCCCCCUUUCUGUCAGACUCUCCAUCCUCAGCAACAGCACCAGCGGCGGCAACGUCUGCUACCACCGUGACCCCCUCGUUCGCCUCAGUGCUGUCGAGCCUUGGCUACAAUGUUACCGUCCGCCGUCCGCUUGGCGACGGAGGUGGCGGGGGGUUGGGGGUGGGGGCGGAACGCUAAUGAAGACCGAGGAGCGCCAUUUACGGUGUAGGCAUCCCGGCCGGGACCUCUACGUCGGAUAGGCUCAGCGUCGCGUGGUAGUGGUGAUUUACUUGCGUGGUUGCGUUAGAGUUGCUGCCUGGAACGGAGUUGUGCGUGGUGUCGCCAUGGCUUUUUUGUCGUGUGGGAAAAGAACGGUGUUGCUCUUGCGUCGUGUUGUGGGUGGGUCGUGGAGGUCUUUUUGUUGCACUACGUUUUGUGGAACGCCCGCUUCAUACCACGGUGAGAUUCUGGCUCUACGGCGAAAACGGGACGGUGUAGCGAUUCGUUUAGGUGACUCUUGCCUUGUAGGAACCCCCCCAUCGAGACUUCCUUGUUUCACGUCUUCUCUAUGAGGCCGCUGUCAAACUUCUAGCCGUGUUUGAAACCGCUUUGGUGGAGAUCCUUUGUCGAAUAUCGGUGCCAAUUUCGUCAGACGGCUGGCGGCAGCGCGGUGAGUGUCGGGCGGGGGGCGUAGUGUAGCUUUUCGGGGAGUGUAGGGUAUCGUGGAGUGCGUCUCCCGUCUGCACGUGCCCGCGACCUAUGUGGAUGUUGUUGCGUGACGAGAAUACGGGCUCUGUUUCACAUUGAUCAAAAUGUGGGCGUUAGCCAUGUAGAGCUCGGGCCAUGAGUUGCGAGUUUUGUUGCAAGGGACGGUGUUUCUGACGUAUCCAACAUCGCCGUCAUUGCUAGGCGCGCUUGUCUUCGCUCUCAAUUCAGCGGCUGCUCCAUCUCAUGCAGUGCCCGCUGUCGCAACAAGGGGGCUCCGUGUCGGGGAGGGCCUCGUGCAGCGUGCCAGUGUUUGCCUCGUUGGACAAUUUUGCUAUUUUGGCGUGUUGGGUGGACAUGACCGUGGCGUGCUUCUACACGGGGUUGACUGUUCCUCGUAGGACCGUACAUUUUUGAACCGCGUCAACUCAAACCUGCUGCGGUCGUCACGGGUCGAGAGCCUUGAGAGGCUGUGCGUCGUUCGAAGCACCUAUUGCCCACCUUCCCACCGAAGCAGCUUGAACCCCGAGUGCGAGCCAGGUAUGCAGCGUACGGAUGCCGUGCUUUAGGCUUUUGUGUCGGAGGAACUUGAGGGGAGAGAGUGGGGGGCAAGUAUUUCGUACCUU